CUUGGCGACGGGGCGGCUCCGGCGCGGCCGCGCUGGGGGCGGGGGGGGGGACACCGGGACCGGGAACACCGGGACCGACCCGCCCAUGGGGCCGGGACAGGACGAGGAGGAGGAGGAAGAAGGAGAAGAAGAACAACAGGAGCGGGUCCCGCCCAUUGCCACAACUCCCCCACGCCGGCAGCGGAGGGAGGAAUCCUGGAGCCGAAGCAGCAGCAGCAAAACCCAGGGAUCAGCGGCCAGUGGGAUCUCCCUGGGAGAAGCAAUCCGGAGGAAAACUGCUGCUCAUUGGGGAAUUGAGCCAUGGUUCCAGCUUCCAGCAGAAGUAGAUUCCAACUGUUUAAGUGCUGCCUCAGAGACAAAGCUUGGCCUGACUUGUGAGAGGAAUGACCUGUCAGAAUUCCCUACUCUGGAGGAAGGAAUGUUGUCUUUAGGAGAAGCAUCCAGAAGACGUUUUCCUGGAGAUCCAGCUCAGGGCUCACUGCUGGAAAUCCAGGAAAGUCGAUUCUCUCCGUGUCUCCCACUCCUCAUGUGCUCAACAGGAGGCCCAAAGAUCCUGGAUGAGUCGCUUUUCCAGCCCUCGGGAAUGGAUUUUAUUCCCUUGAGAGGAAUUCCUGAUGUUUCUGGAGUGUCCCAGGAGCUUUUGGAGCCUUCCCACAUCCGUGAAUCUGCAUCCCGGAGGGACACAACCCCUCCCUUGGAUGCUCCCAGUGGCUGCUCCUUGUCCCAACCUCCCCUUCCAUCCGGACGCGCCGAUCCCGGAGGUGCCAUUUUGUCUUCCCAAAACUCCUCGUCUGGACAACUCGGGAGCCAGGAGGCCAAUAAAUCCUGGAAAACUGAUGAGGAGGAGUCAAGUCCCCAAACAAGUGAAGAUCCCACAAACUCUACUCCAAAGGUGGUGCUGGAAAAGAGGCCGAACCAAGCGGGAGCUUCUCUCCCGCCGGAGCCCCGGAGCACAUCUGGGAACGAUGGACAUUCCUCCGGUGACAACGAUGGUCCAGCUGCUGGUGUUGAGCUUCCAGGGAAAGGGAAGGAGUUCCUGAGGCAGGAGGAGUUCUCAUCUUCAGGAAAUUCCUCCUACAAAACAGCUCUGACGGAAAAAAGCGAGAGGGAGAUGCAAAAGGAAAAGGUGAAAACGGUCGGGAGCGAGGGAGGAGUCCUGGAAAAGCUGGAAAAGAAGGUCCCUGAGCUUGAUUUGUCGAAUAAUUCGUCCGGUGACUCGAGGAACGACCACUUUAAAAAUCCAGGUGCUCCCGAUGUUCUUUCUGCCAUGACUUCUGAGCCAGGCAAAGGAAUGUCCAAGGGACGUGGAGUGGAUUUAAACGGCUCCGGAAGCUUGAAGUUUGUUCCUGAGGAACUCCUGGAUCGUCAGCGCAAACAACCCCCUCCUGCAGUGGGAUUUGGGAAAGAGGAGUCGAUCCCUGCUGUGAUGAACACCAAGGAUUGUGCAGCUGGACAACCGGUUGUUGACACGGAGACGCCUCCGUGCAGUGAGGAAUCUCCGGCGGGAGCGGAUCCCGGAGGGAGCGGGAAUGAAUUAACUGCUUCGGAUUUUUCCAUAGAAAGGGGCCAUAAAGUCACAGACAUUUCCCCUUCCUUCAAUCUGGGAGGUGAUGCCUCGUUCUCCCUACGCUUUGCUCAUCCUAUCUUUCAGUCCACUCCAGGGAUGCUCCUGAAGAAGGACGUGAAGGCGGAAGAACUCGGUGUCCUGGUGAUCCAGUCGGAUCUCCGGGUCUCUCCAUCGUGUUCUGAUGUUCCUUCAGGGAACUCACCCGUAUCCCCUGGGAAGCAACAUUCACCCCGACGUACUCCGAAGGAAAACAAGGAACAUUUGGAGCCCUUCAAAUGGAAAUAUCCCCACACUGGAAGAAUCCAGUCCCUCCCAUCCCUUAGUUUCAUGGAGAAGGUUGGAUCUUGGAACGUGAGCCAACCAGAGGAGGUUCCUCAUGCCGGGAUUCCCGGUGGAUUUUCUCCUGGAAGAAAAGCCUCCAGUGCCAUUGCCAUUCCCUCCAGCGACGUUUUGUCCAUCCAGAAAAGCAGCAGAGAUCCCGAGGAUUUUGCUGCUGCUCCCCCUAGGGAGACAGGUUCUCUGGGAAGUUUGCAUUUCCCAAGUAAAAACUUCCUGCUUGUCCCCCCCCUUACGAGAUCCCAGUCGGACAACGCCGUGAACGUUUCCAGCAGGAAACGUUCCUUGGCUGGAGUUAUUCCACCAGCAAAUUCCACAGAGGCACUGCAGCUUCCAGAAGAAAAAAACCAUGUUUUAGGAGUGUUGGACAAUAAUUUAGGAGGCUCCACGAUCCAGAAGGUUGUUUCUGGAUCCAGUGGUGAAGACACGGAAAAUAACAACACGGGACAAAGCUCCGAUCCCGAUGUUUCGGUUUCCAGCGUUGCUCAGCUCCAUAAAAAGGAUGGAAGCUCUGCAGCUGGUGAUGGGAAGAAUUGGGAUGCUCCCGAAAAUCGGUGUCUCAACCUGAAUAUUCCCACUGGUCCCAUCAUCCUGGACAACUCGGGGGCGAUUUCCCCGGAUAGUUUGAACGUUCCCGUUAGUUCCGGGGGGAGCAGCCAGGGGGGUUUGGGAUCCACUCGGAGCUCCGGAGGGGUCUCCAGGCACUUCCCCAGUGCAGGAGGUGACAACUUCCUCCCUGGUGGAGCAACUCCUUUGGAAACUCCGCAGAAACAAGAGUUGGAUAUUGAAGAAAGGAUCCCAAUAUAUCUCCGUAACCUUGGCAUUGACCAGUCCCCUGGCACCAUUUUGGCUCCUUUUCUCCCCCGAGGACCCAUCAGGGAAGUUGAGUUUUCCCCCUCAGAACUCAGGACACUGAAGGGCUCCGUGGACACCCUGACCAGGAUCCCUCCAAAGGCACAAGGUAAAUUGUUGCCAGCAUUUGAGGUGGUGCCAACGGGUUUUGACUCCGACACUUCCGCUCUCAGCAUUUCCAUUCCCAUGGAGUCGGAGGUUGGCUCUGAUGUUCUGUCACCCCAGGAGCUCUCUCCCAACUUCCCAAAAUUUUUUGGAGACAACCCAGCGAGCCAGUGCAGUGUGUCGUGCCACCAGCUGGAGGUGGAUGCUCCGAUUUCCACACAAGAUCCAGAGUGUCCUGCUGUCUCCAAACUUGUUGGAGUGAAGCGGGAUCCGCCCGACUGCUCUUCUGACACGGAGAGUCCCCUCCUUGUUCCAACCAGUGCUCAGGAUCUUGCUAAAAAUGAGUCCAAAAUUUUGGACAGCAGCCUGCAGAGAUGGGCUGCUGGUGUUUUGGCUGGAGUUCAAGAUGGAGUGGAAGCUGACAGAGGAUCCCAGACCUCCAGUGGGGGAAGUGAGAGAAAUAAGGAGCAAGGAAGUGAUUCUUUGCUGGGGUCGGGUGUGUUGAAGGACAUCCGGGAGCUCCUGGCAAAGGCAGAGGAUUUGAGUGCCAGGUGGUGUCAUCCUGCCUUUUCCAUGGCCUCUUGUAGAGAAACUGGGGAGUCUUCCCUGGUGCUGCUGAGGCAGGAGGAUGAUCCCAAAGAUCCCAGGUCGGCGAAGGACAGAACCCCUCGGUUCCAGAAGAGACCGUCGUGGGAUGAGGCUGCGACCCGGCGAAGUGUGCGAGAAGAAGGGUUGGGAAUAAACCCUUGGAAUUCUGACACGUGUAACUUAAGAUGGGAGAACCCUUUGGACGUCAACUUGCGCCGCAGCGAAGGGAUGAAGGAAAUAUCCCAGGAGUUCAGGGCGGGAAAAUCGGCGGGAAGGUCGGAGCCGGAGGGUUGUAGCAGCGUCACCACGGACAGGAACCAACGUGCCCUGGUGGGCCUGGCACAGAGCAGCUCCAGCAACGAGGGCAGCACCAGGGCAGCCUCAGAGCUGGGCAAUCCUCCUUCCUCAGAGCCCCCUGGAAGCAUCACUGAUAUCCCAGGAGCCUUCCAGAGCACGUCCCAAUCUGGUGGAGCUGGAAGCAAAGCCGGCGGCGCCCGGGGCAGCGACGAGAGCAGCAGCGGAGAUUCCCUGGCUGCCCGUGUCAGGAACCUCCUGGGGAAUCCUCCUCCCUCAUCGGAGCAUCUCCGUGGCACAGGAGGAUUCCAGAGCAUCCAGUGUGGAGCUGGUGGUGCCAGGAUCAAGGGAGGAGGACUGGAGGGCAGCGGCAGCAGCAGCAGUGGGGAUUCCUUGGCUGCCCGUGUCCGGACCCUCCUGAGGAGUGGAUCCCCUGGGAUAGAGGCAACCCGAAUCCUCAGGAAUGCAGAGGAGCAGGAGAGGAAAAUCCGAGCCUGGGUGAAGCUGAGACUGGCCAGCAGAUCCCAGGAAUCUGUGCCAGACUGGGAUGAGGAAACCCAGCAAAGAAUCGAGGAAAUCAAGGCAGAGCUGCUCCUGAGGGCCAAGAAAUCUGUGCAGGCCAAGGAUCCCUGGGUUUGUGGUUUGGGAGCUGCCUCUGAGUGUCUCCAUAACCAGGAUCAGGACACUGAGCGUUUCAAAGCUCCAAGAUUCCCAAGUGUCAGACACCCCCAGCCCACCAGGACUUGGGAGCUUUCAGAGCCCAGCUCAGGACAAACUGUGCUGUUCCACAGAUCUAAUCCCUCCGAUCGCUGCCUGCUGAGGGACAUGCAGCUGAAAUCCUGGAAUGCUGCUCCUGGAAUGCCUGUGUGCAACCAACACCCAACAUCUGCACCAGACCACUCCCACAGCAUGGCUGAACUUUACCCACCACUGGAAUGGGAUCCCUGUGCAAUGGGGUCUGAUGUACAGACAGAAUUCCUUGUGCCGGCUCCGAAGGUGCUGCCGGUAGAGAAGAGCUCGGAAGGGAUGGGAAAACCGAUCACUCCCAUCACCUUCUCAUCCCAGAGAUACCUCCAGUCCCCAUUGGGUUCCCAGGCACUGGGAAACAGCUUCUCCAGGGAUGGGUUGGGUGGGAUCACACCUUUGGAUGUCGACUCUGCUGCCACUGGGGAACAGAGCCAUGACACACAACACUGGGAAGGAUCUGGGACUUGUCCUGCAAGUCCAGUGCUGGCUGGCUCCAUGUUCCAGGAGGUUAAUGCUGCAGAUCAAGGCAGGGUUCAUCCCGUCUCUGCUGACAGGGACAGAGCUGGAGUUUAUCGGGACACAGACUCUUUGUCAGCUCAGGAUUCUGGGAGUGUCCAUGCUGGGAAAAGACAGACUCCCAGUGCAGAAAAAUGUGAUUUUUUGGCCCAGGAUGUGGAUGAGUUGGGCAGGCAGAGGGAUGUGGGGUUCAGUCAGGAAAGAAAUCCAUUCAUUGAACCCCAUUCCCUGAGCUCUUCCCAGCAGGAGAAGAGCAACUCUGGCCACAUCCAAUUCAGUGAGAGCUUGGGAGGUUCAGAUCCAACAGAACAAAUGGAUUUACUCCAGGGUCGGAGCGAACUGGGAGAAGAGAGGAAAAGUCCUGCUGAACCACCUCUCAUUCCAACAGAGGUUGGGAGGGACCAAGUGGAGGCAUCUCACCAUUCACCCCCAGAGGAGGUUUUAUCCACCACACCUGCAGCUCCCUCCUCACCAACCAAGAAAUUCCUGUCCUGUGUCCACAUCACCCUCUCCUCCAGGGUCCGUCACGUGGAGCUGCCGAACGUGAACGCGGAAAAUGGGAUGAAAGUGGGGGAUAAACGCGAAGUUAAGACUCAGUUGAAAGCUCCAGAAGAUUUAAGAGAAGCUGCUCCUGAAUUACCACCUGCUGACCUUAUUCCAGAAGGUCCAAGAUCACCUUUCCCAGUGGCUUCAGCAGAUCCCAGCCAGGCGUUUUCCUCUGGGCAAGAACAAAGCAGUGAGAGACCUCAAGUCCCUGCUCUGGGAUCAGGGGGCUUUAUUCCCAAGAAUAUCUCCAGCUCUGUGCUUCCUGCAAAACCUGGGAGGAGGACUUCAGAUGCUGCCACUCAGAUCACCACAGAAGGUCCUGAGAAAACCACCUUUUCAGCAGAAAUUUGUGUUCAUCCCCAAGAGGAUGAAGGUGCUGCCCAGAAACCACCUGAACUUCCCAAAGUUACAUCCCAUAACGAGAUUCCCCCCUUCCCAAGGCAACCUGCUCAGCCUUUGCUGGUGCCAUACAAACCUUCUGGAAGCACUGGGAUGUAUUAUGUUCCUUUCCUAAAAGGAGGAGCCAAAAUGUCUCCAGUUGAGUCAGAAACCAGUGGUGGGAGCUCUCACUCAGGGUCCAACGAUGCUCCUCCUCCAAGGUUUCUGACCCACGUGCCUGGUUUGAGGGAUGAGAAUCCUCCAGGAAGUGCAGCUCUCCAGCAGAAAGAAGGAUCCCACAGUAAGAGGGCCAAACCUAAGCUGGCCUGGGCUGAGGAGCAAAGGAUACCCCUGGAAGAUUCUGCAGAGCACAGAGAUCAUUCCAAACCUGGAAAAACCACUCAUUCCACCUUCAAAUCCACACGGUUCUACCUCCACCAUCCCGUGCCCACGUGUGACACCAGUGAGUUCUCCGAGGACAGUUCCGGAGUGGGGAUUGCUCCACCUUCCUCCAGCGGUGCCUGGAAAAAACCACACCGGCAUCAACGGGUGUUCUCUGCCCAUCACAGAAAAAGUGGGAAAAGGGAGUUCUUUCCACUCACUGCAGAAGCAGAUGAGAGUAAAAAUGAGGAUCUGAGCGUCGGGAAUGAGACGUCGGGGAUGGAGCGACGUCAGCGUGGGAGAGAAGCAGAACAAGGAGCAACUGGGAAUUCUGCUUUGCCACGGAGCCAAACAACUCUCCGGGAUGGGAACGUGGAGGAACCACCAAGGCAGAGAACCCACUCCAGUGGGAGCUUGGAUGAGCUGUGGGUUAAGUUUCUGGAGAGGCAGAGGAGGCACCAGCAGCACGGUUUGAGGAGUAACGGGGAGCUGUCCCUGGUAGAACGCCUGGAUCGGCUGGCCAGGGUCCUGCAGAACCCCAUCCAACACACACUGAUCCCAGCAAAAGCCGGGAGGAACGUUCCUGAAAGGAAGAUCAAGGGAAGGGAGCAGACAGAAACAGGAUUGGGACAGAACAACUCCUCUGGGAGCGGCGCGGAGCCGAUGGCGACGCGUGUCGGAGAAAGAACGCGGGACGACACCGGCCUGGCGGAGCUCAGGGAAAACGGGGCGGGAGACACAACCGUCCUGGAGGAAGAGGAACAGCAGCACCACUGGGAAUCUCCCAGCGACAAUUCCUCGGAGACGAGGCUGAGCGGAGAGCACGGCACCACCACCACCACUUCCAGCAGCUGGGAGUGGGACACGCCGACGGAGCCGGGAAGCGCGACGGAGCGGAGCAGCUCCGUGUCCACCAUCGACACGGCCAGGCUGCUCCGGGCCUUCGGGCACCACAGGGUCACCGUGGCUCCCAGGGUGUCUCCCAGGGUGUCUCCCAGGGUGUCUCCCAGGGUGUCUCCCAGGCUUUCCCAGCUCUAUUCCGCCAUCGGCCUCCAGAAGAGCCGCUCGGAAAAGCGGGAUGAGGGAAGCGGCGAAGCGGCGGGCGCGGAAUAUCCGAAGGUCGGCGCCGAGAGGCACAGGAGGAGGAAGGAGAUGCAGGUCUGAAAUUCCUGUUUGGCCUCAGCCCUGCUCAUUCCACGCUCCUGUUAUUCCAUGGAUUUGUUGGGUUUGGUUUUCCUCACCUUGGAGAACUUGAGGGGGUGGAAUUUGUUUCAUG